AUGGGGGGGAAAGAUGAGACUGGGAAGGCGAGCCUCCUCUCACGAUGCACAACCUUCAUCCGCCUCCUCGUCUACGCAAACCCCUCGCCCAAGGAACUCUUCUUCCUACUCGGCGGCCUCCUCUCCGCAAUCGCCUCGGGCGUCCCCUUCCCCAUAAUGGCCAUCGUCUUCGGCCAACUUGUCGACGACAUGAACUCGUCCACCUGCAACGCAACCCCCGCCAACGCCGACGAAUAUCAGUCCGGGAUCAACGACAAAGUCCUGCAGAUCGUCUACAUCGGCAUCGCGUAUUUCGUCCUCAUCUACCUGUACGUCUUUUGCUGGAACCUCUCGGGCGAAUGGCUGGCGCAGCGGCUGCGCGAGCGGUAUUUCCAUAGUUUGUUGAGGCAGGAUGCGACGUUUUUCGAUACGCUUGCGCCGGGUGAGGCGUCGUCGCGAAUCACGGGGGAUAUCUCGACGAUUCAGCAGGGGACGUCGGAGAAGGUCGGCAUUGUGCUUAAUAGUAUUGCAUUCUUCAUUACGUCGUAUGUUGUGGCGUUUAUCAAGGAUGCCAGGCUCGCGGGGAUGCUCGUUUCGCUUGUCCCCGCGUACCUGGGCAUGUCGCUUGUGGGCGGGUACUUUGUGCGCAAGUACUUUGGAAAGGCGCUCGAGUGCAUGGCGAGUGCGUCGUCGGUUGCGCUGGAGGCGUUUACUAAUACCAUGGUUGUGCAUGCGUUUUCCGCGAACCUGCGGCUCGAGUCGAGGUUUAUUGAUCACUUAGGUCCCGCACGCGUUGCUGGGAUCCGCAAGUCCAUUGCGACGGCUACGCAGGCGGGACUGCUUUAUUUCAUUGCGUUCUCGGCUAAUGCGUUGGCCUUUUGGCAGGGUUCGACAAAGAUUGCCAACGCCGUCGAGGAGGGCGGGUCCGGUGUUACUGUUGGAAACACGUAUACCGUGAUUCUGGUCCUCGUCGACGCAUCGCUCAUUCUCAGCCAAGUUGCGCCGUUCCUGCAGAGCUUCGACGCCGCGAGUGUCGCGUUCAAGAAACUUGAAAGGGACAUUGAGCGGCCCUCGACUAUCGACGGAACAGCUGAAGACGUUGGCCUCAUCCCAGCAGGCGAAAUCACGCCAGACGUGGAAUUGCGCAACGUCUCCUUCCGAUUCCCUUCUCGUCCCGAUAAGCCUAUUCUCCAGGAUCUGUCACUUCGUAUCCCCGCUGGAAAACAGACGGCGCUUGUUGGGUUGUCUGGCAGCGGAAAGAGUACCGUUGCAGGCCUCAUUACUCGAUUCUAUGAUGCUGAGGAAGGGACGGUGCUUGUCGGCGGGCAUGAUGUCAAGUCUUUGAAUGUGAGGUUCUUGCGCAGCGCGAUUAGUCUUGUGCAGCAGGAACCUUGUCUGCUUGAUCGGUCGAUUUUGGAGAAUAUUGCGCUCGGUUUGGUGAAUUCAUCGGCACAUGCGCAUCUUGUGGAUGUGCUAAAGGGCAGCGCGCUCGAGGACAUCGCGACAGCUAUUCGUGAGAAGGGACAAACGCUCGCGGAUGCGAUUGAAGCUAGAGUCGGCGAUUCUGCUGAGCGUGAGCAGGUCCGUGAGAUUAUAUCCCUUGUUGAAACCGCAGCUGGUCUGGCGGAUGCAAGCAACUUUAUCAGCAAGCUCGACCACGGGUUUGCGACCAUGGUUGGUGCCAGUGGAAACCUCAUUAGUGGUGGCCAGAAGCAGCGUAUCUCAAUAGCUCGUGCGCUUGUCAAGAACCCGCAGAUUCUGAUCCUGGACGAGGCGACUGCGUCGCUUGAUUCGGCCACGGAAAUACGAGUGCAGCAGGCAUUAGAAACCGCGGCUGCUGGCCGGACCAUGGUCACGAUCGCUCACCGGCUCUCGACUAUUCGCAACGCAGACAACAUCAUUGUCAUGCGCCAGGGAAAGCUCAUCGAGCAGGGCUCGCACUCGGAACUUCUCGCUGCAGACGGCGCCUAUGCGGAGCUGGUUCGUCUACAGAACCUCAAUGUCAACGCCUCCGCGGACAACGGCGAUGCCUCUUCCUCUGCUCGACCCUCGCUAGAUAGCACCACUCUGGAGAAGGAGAAGAUCACAGAAGUAACCUCCGUGCAAGACGACGAAGGCUCUGCCACAGCCCCAAAGGAAAAGCCCACGGAGGAGGAGCCAGUCACCACGGAACGCUCGACCAGCUCAACAACAAAGGCCGUUGCGUCGCUCUUCCGUCCGUACUCCCUCGCUCUCCUCAUCGCCGUCACCGGCGCCGUCGUCAUCGGCGGUACAUUCUGUGCCUCUGCAGUAAUCUUCGGUAACGUAGUCGGCAAACUCAGCUCGUGCGAAACCGCACAGUCAAUCCGCGACGCCGGAGAGUUCUGGGGUCUCAUGUUCUUCGUCCUCGCCAUUAUCGAGUUCUUCGCCAACCUCGUCAGCUGGUCGCUCUUCGGCUGGAUCGCCGAGCAACUCAUCUACAAGGUCCGCGUGCUCUCACUGCGCUCCAUCCUUGAACAGAAGCUUGAAUGGCACGAGGCUCGCACUCCUUCUGGCCUGCUUUCCCUCAUCGUCAAGGACAGUAAUGCCCUCAACGGCCUGACCGGCUCCGUCGUCUGCACGAUCCUUAGCAUCCUCGUCAACCUCGUGGCCGCCAUUGUUAUGACCCAUAUCAUCGCCUGGCGCAUCGCCCUCGUCUGUCUUUCAGUUGUCCCGCUGCUCCUCGGCGCAGGCUGGAUGCGCGUCACUUCCCUCUCCCGCUACGAAGAGCGGCACAACGACGCCUUCGCGCGCUCCCUCGGUAUCACCGUCGAGGCAGUGACAUCAAUCAAAACCGUGCACGCGCUCGCGAUCGAGUCCGAGGUCCUCUCCACCUACCGCCGCUCGCUGCAGGGUCCCGUCCGCGAAAUCGCGGGCCAGUCCGCGUGGACGAACCUCUGGCUGGCGGUCGGGUAUGGAUUGAGUAACUUUGUCUAUGCGCUUGCGUACUGGUGGGGCGCGAAGAAUAUCAUCGCGGGCCACUACACGCAGACGCAGUUCUUCAUCGUCGUGCUUGCCUUGCUCGUGUCGUCGCAGCUCUGGGGCCAGAUGUUUGCGCUUGCGCCGGAUGUCUCGCGCGCUGUCCAGGCGACUCGGCGUUUAUUGAACCUGCUUGAUCUCGGCUCGACGAAGAAACUCUCAGACCCCGUUACAACCCCCGAAUACGCCGGCGCAGUAGACCUCGAGUCUACCACCCACCCAACUGAGAAACCACCCCCACCACCUCCACCCUCAGGCACGACUCCACGAACAGGCCUCAGCGUCGCCUUCAAGGGAGUUGAAUUCACCUACCCCGCCCGACCCGACAGCCAGGUCCUCCACGGCCUCGACCUCUCCAUCGCCCCAGGCCAAUUCGCCGCACUAGUCGGUCCCAGCGGCGCCGGCAAGUCCACUAUCAUCUCGCUGAUCGAGCGACUGUAUUCGCCCUCAUCAGGCACGAUCGAAAUCAACGGCGCCGACAUCGCCCACCGCGACCUCAGCUUCCGCGACGAAAUCGCGUACGUCCCGCAGCAUAGCGUGCUCUUCGACGGGACGAUCCGAUUCAACCUCGAGCUCGGUGCGCGGCCUGACCAAACACUCACACAAGCCGACAUCGAGGAAGCAUGCAAGCUCGCAAACAUCCACGAUGUCAUCGUCGGUUUACCCGACGGGUACGAGACGGCGUGUGGACCGAACGGAGACCGGCUGAGUGGCGGGCAGAAGCAGCGGCUUGCGAUUGCGCGGGCGCUGAUUCGGAAGCCAAGGCUGUUGCUGUUGGAUGAGUCGACAAGCGCGCUGGAUGCAGAGUCGGAGCGGUUGUUGCAGGAUGGGUUGGAGAAGGCGGCGAGGGGAAUCACGGUGAUUGCGAUUGCGCAUCGGUUGUAUACGAUUCGCAAGGCGGAUGUGAUUUUCCUUGUUGAGGAGGGGAGGUGUGUUGAGAGGGGCACGCAUGCCGAGUUGAUUGAGCGGAGUGAGAGCUAUCGGGUUAAUGCCCUGAACCAGGCUGUGGAUGGUUAG